AUGGCUAGCACUCUGAAAAGCCACAAAUUUCAAAAGAUGGGCCUAAUUACUGUGCUAAAUACUCUCAAAGAAAAAUGGAAGAACUUGCCAAGUAACUGGGUUGGGUCAGAUCCAUGUGGUAGUGGUUGGGAUGGAAUUAACUGCACAGGUUCACGUGUAACAAGCGUAGGUCUCAGUUCUAAUAGCUUCACUGAACCAAUACCCCAUUCUAUUGGUAAUCUAUCUAAGCUUACACGGCUGGAUCUAAAUGAUAACAAGCUUACUGGAAGCAUUCCCAUCUCUAGUGGGACCUUACCUGGUCUGGACAUGCUAGUUAAUACUCUACACUUUUGUAUCGACAACAACCAACUAACUGGAAAUAUUCCUCCUUCUUUAGGAUACGUGCAGACAUUGGAGGUGGUACGUCUGGAUUCAAAUUUAUUAAAUGGAACUGUCCCCCAGAACAUCAACAACCUAACGAAUCUCAAGCACCUGCACUUGUCUAAUAACAAGCUGAAUGGACCCGUUCCCAGCCUAACUGGGAUGAAAUUCCUCAGCUUAACUGGGAUGAAAUUCCUCAGCUAUGUAUUGAUGGAAUGUACACAAGUUCAAGGGGAGAUCCCAGUUGAACUCUUCAGCUCUCCUCAUUUGGAGACACUAAUUCUAAGUUACAACCAGCUUAGUGGAACACUGGAUACCGGCAUGAGCCAGAGCAACCAACUGAGACUCAUAGAUCUGCAGAACAAUUCCAUUGAACAUCUCAAGGGAACGACAAGAGACAAUACUACGCUGAUACUCGUCAACAAUCCAAUUUGUAAGGGAAUGGAAGCAAAUGAAAGAUCCUGUGGAGUAAAGAACAUCAAUUUUUCAUUCCCUAAUGCAUCAAAUAAUUGUAGAUUUGUUGUUUGCCGUCCAGAUAAAACAUUAAGCAGAAACUGUAGUUGUACAGUUCCAUACACAGGAACCCUUUACUUUCUGUCUAUUGAGGAGUUCCUGAUGGAUCAUUUUCAGAAAGAAAAGCUUCCCGUUGAUUCAGUUUCGGUUAAUAGUCCACAUACGAGCUUCAUGAUUUGUCGUCAAUUAACAGUGCAAGUCUUUCCUUCUGGUCGAGAUUCUUUUAAUAGAACAGAGAUUGCUGCAAUUGGGAACCUGCUUAACAGACAAAAUGCUGAUCUUCUCAAGGAUUUUUAUUUUGGGCCCUUCUAUUAUGUUGAUGAAAGUUAUCCACCUUUUGGAGUAUUGACUGUUGGAGUUUAUGCUUUCCGUCAAAAGAAAAGAGCAGAACAAGCACGUGCUCAGCUGAAUCCUUUUGCAUCUUGGGAUCCCCAAAGAACUGGUGACAGCAUCCCCAGUUUACAAGGAGCAAGAUGGUUCUCAUUUAUGGAGCUUAAGAAAUGCACAAUGAAUUUUCAGAAGCAAACAGCAUUGGAAGUGGGGGCUAUGGCAAGAAACGCAACUUGCUGGACACAAAUAAGAAAAUAA